UGAUGACGCCGCUUGAUCAUUAAAAAAAAAUCUGCCGUUAAAAAAUAUCAGAGAAUUAGGUCAGCAAACUAACUCAGUGCCAAUGGCCACGCUAUGAGUGUAACUACCGUGUUUUUGAAUAUAUAGCUAACCUUCACAAAGACGCGACCUGGGCAUAAAAUAUAUAAGGUUAGGAGAGAGAUGUCCGGUGUUUCCAGCAUCUGCAGACAGACAGAGCCGUAGACCGGUCCGUCUGCUUACCUCCCUCCGCUGGGCUUUGGAGACCCGCAAACCCAAAAAACGUUAACGCUAGCUAUUGUAGUCCCGGCCAGGCUGGGGCUGAAUGGUUGGUCGAAGAAGGAGAGACGUCGACACACACCACCAGACAGAACCCGAAGGCUGCCCUGCUGAGACCCAGGAAAUUACUCCUCGCCUCGUCUCGACAGACCCGUAGCAACACAGUGCACAUUUCAGGAACGAUAGUUCCAAACAAACGAACUGUAAGGACUUGGGCAUGUGAACCCAAACACCUAAGACAUGUGAGCCUCGACCUUUCUGUCCCAGAUCUUCUUUACCCCGAGUAGCAGUCGAAGUUUGAGAAUGUCGAGCCGCCGGAAAUCGACCACACCUUGCAUGGUGCUGACCACUGAUGUGGUGGAGCAGGAAGAGGUGGAGGACAAAACUGAGAGGACAAAUGAGGAAGAAGAGGAGUUGGAAGGGAAGAAGAAGGAAGGAGCAGAGGAGCUGGAUCAGGCAGUAGUGGUUGUCCCCACCCCUCCAGAUACCGAUGAGCCCAAUCUCUCUACUGUGGAAGACAGCGAAGUCCUUGCUUCCUCACUAAAGCUCAGUGCAACAAACCCUUCUGAGGAUCCAAGCAGCGACCAGCCACCCCAGGAACAACAGUGUGAUACACCCGAGGAGGAGGAAGCAGACCCUGCCACGGUUGCUGCCAUUUCCCUCAGCAAGACCCCCAUCAUGAGGAUGAAGACCAAAUCUGAACCCAAGAGGAUUGCUGUGUCCCUGAAAUCAACAGACAAAGCGGCUGAGGGGUUUGGAAAGGGUGGUGAGGGAGAGCUGGGAGGAGAUCAGGAACCCAUUGAAGCUCCUCUCGGGCCUAUGACGCCCGUGGAGAUGCUGCUGCACGACUCCAUGAAGCUCGGGGGAGGGGGCUUGCUGGUCAGCCCAUACUCAGAGCAGCAGAGAAAAGGAGCAACUUUAAACCCCACAGUUCUGCCUGCUGGCCUGGCACAGGUGCUUUCUGCUUUCCAGGCCCAGCAGAGUGCAGCAGCAGCUCAGCCUCAGCUGCUGAUUCCCCUCAGCAGCAUCCCAUCCUACAGUGCAGCUAUGGACACCAACCCCCUGCUGGGCAGCACAUACAAGAAGUUUCCCUACCCCUCCAUGGCCGAGAUCAACAGCCUGGCAGCACAUACACAGUUCACAGAGGAACAGAUCAAGGUGUGGUUCUCAGCCCAGCGGCUGAAGCACGGUGUGAGCUGGACUCCGGAGGAAGUGGAGGAGGCCAGGAGGAAACAGUUUAAUGGCACGGUGCACACGGUGCCUCAGACCAUCACUGUCAUACCUGCUCACCAGCUCUCAGCAGCUACCAACGGCCUGCAGUCCAUUCUUCAGACCUGCCAGAUAGUGGGCCAGCCUGGCCUGGUAUUCACACAGGUUGGCCCAGGGGGGCACCUUCCAGUGACCAGUCCCAUCACUCUGACAGUGGCGGGGCUGCCCAGCCAGUCCCAGAGCUCCAGCAGAGUUUCCUGCCAGCCCACCCCAACAAACAGUGAGCUGAAACGGGCGACUACUGUCCAGCCUCCCUCUCUUUCUCCACAGGAAAACUCCGCUCUCAGUGCUGACACAUUUAGUUUGCGGCCGAAGAAGUCCAAAGAGCAGCUGGCAGAGCUGAAAGCGAGCUACCUGAAAAACCACUUUGUCACUGAUGCAGAAAUUUCCCGGCUGAUGAAGCUCACCAACCUCACAAAGGGAGAGAUCAAGAAAUGGUUCAGUGACACCAGGUACAACCAGCGCAACUCCAAGAACAGCAAUGUCAUAGUUUUCCAUGACGGAGGGGGCAAAGGAAGUGGCAACGGUGGUAGCACUGCUGGCACCACCAUUAUUAUUGACUCAAGCGAUGAGACCCCCACGUCUCCCCAUCCUCCACGCACUCCUCCUAUGAAGGAAAAGGAGACACGGGCCAAAACGUGGAAUCCGUUCCCAGAUUUCACCCUGCAGAAGUUUAAGGAGAAGACUCCGGAGCAGCUGGUGGUGCUGGAGGAAAGUUUCGAGAAGAGUGGCACUCCAUCGGAUGAAGAACUGAGCCGUCUGAGGACAGAGACUAAACUGACGAGGAGGGAGAUUGAUGCCUGGUUCACUGAGAGACGAAAGAUGCCGCCUGUCAGUACUUCCUCCCCAGGUUCUUCAGAGGGAGGAAAGAUGGAGGUAGACGGAGGAAAAGCGGGAGACGGAGCCACUUCUUCUUCUCCUUCUGCCUCCUCGUCUCGUAAAGGUAGCCAAACUCCUCCUGGCGGUCGCAGCAACAAAGACAUGAAAGAUAAGAGUAAAAAGACUCCGGAGCAGCUCCAUAUUUUAAAAAGUGCCUUUGUGCGGACCCAAUGGCCCACACCAGAGGAGUACGCCCAGCUGGCAGAACAGAGCGGCCUCCCUCGGUCCUACAUCGUCAGCUGGUUCGGGGACUCUCGGUACUCGUGGAAGAACAGUAACCUGAAAUGGUUCUUCCAGUACCAAAGUGGCAACGUCGAAGGGCCAAGCGGCAGAGGAAGCAAUAAAAUGGGAAGCAGCAGCAGCACCAGUCGAAAAAGACGAAGCCGAAAUCGUGGCUGGGGGCGGUCCCGAACCAGAAAGCAGCCAAGAAGAUCUGCCUCCUGCAAUGCAGAUGUGGAUAGAUCUCCCCCGUCAAAGAAAUUCAAGAGUGGGAGGGAGAUUCUGAGAGAGUACUACAUGAAGCACCGCUUUCUCAAUGAGCAAGACCUGGAUGAGCUUGUCACCAAGACCAACAUGAGCUACGAACAGGUGAGGGAGUGGUUCGCCGAGGUCCAGCGGCGCUUGGAGACAGGGUCGGAUCCCUUCCUGGAGGCAGGAAGGACAGACGGCGACAAAGCAGGUGAGGGAGGAGAGACACAGGGAGGGGCGUUGACCGUCACCGUGAAGCAGCCGGGCACGGGGGUGGGAGACGAGGAUGAUGAUGAUGAUGAUGAAGGAGACGAGGACGCCGAUGAUACAGACGACAGUGAGGUUUGGGAGCCGUCGCGUAGCGUCAGGAAAUCCUUGUCAGUCUCGGAAGACUAAUGAUUGUGGAAAUCACGGUGAAACACAGAAUGUUACGAGAGAAAUAUACUUUUAUGAUCAAUGGAUGACAGUUAGCUAAACCAAGUCUUUUUGCCACUGAUUAGCGAAUGUACUCAACAUUAAUUUACUGUAUUUUUAAACUAUUUCUGACAUCAUGUCUACAUGAAACUACCAGACGGACUAUUAGCUUUAGCUCACUCUCUCGAUGCUGACCUUAUUAACUGUAAGUCAUGUGUAACAGUUUAGACACGAAUCAUGGUGAAGAAGGAGUUUUUAGCAAACUGGCACAGCGAAAUUUGAACAGCAAGUGCAAUCUUCAAGCUGAAGAAGAAAACUGUUGAAUUGAAAUAGUUACCCAAAAAAGAUUGUGUAUCCAGACACAUCCGUACAAUGGAUUUCAAUGGAUGCAUACUGACUGUUGUAAAGUAGAGAUUCUAAUGUCAACCAUGACUUUGUGAAAUUAGCAAUCCUUGUCUGCUCAAAUGAACACGCGUGUGCUGCAUAUCCUUGAGAAGGAACCUGGAGCCCGUUAAAUCUUCACAGCAAACUUACACACAAACUUAGAGCGCACACAGAAAAAAAGUGUGUUUACAAAGGUGCUUAAAAACGUAUGACAGCUAGAUGUCACUGCUGAGCAAUGUCCCCAAUGAAACAAACAUACAUCUGUUUGUGGAACCGGUUGAAUUUCCCAUGUUACAGUCCAUAUUUUUAAAGAAGAUUGCAAGGACCGGACAAUCAGCAGAUUAUUUGAGCCAACGUGGAUUGAUAAUGACUCUGAAAGUCUGGCAUUUUUAUCUCUUAGAGAUAAACGCCCAAAACAAUAUGAGAAAGUCCCUUACUGCCGAAUGAAUGCCAUUGCCAUGAUGGUUUUAAACCCAAGUCUUCCCUUUACAGCAGCUUGUUGUUUCAUUAGUAUUAUAGAUUUUGAACUGAACACAUACAGAUCUGAUGGGAAAAAAAUGCCACAGUAUGUGUUUAGUAUGCACUGUUAAUGUUAAAUUCUUAAAAUGUAGAAUUUUAAACACAUUUUUCAACUUUUGAUAGAACACAUCCUGUGCUACUGUGAUCUUUUUAAAAGCUGAUUCAGACAGCAUGGCACUGUUGUCCCAAAGAUGAAUGUGUUGUCUCCGGGGCGGUGAGCUGUUCGAGACCAUUUGGGAACCAACUAAUGGCCGCUGUGAGGCACACAUCUAGGCCCGCUGAAGUAAUAAUAGUAACGGAAAUAUUUCGCUGCAGUGCUUCAUUAGAAUUUACUUUUCUGAUGGGUUAAAGGGUUGGAUAGAAUUUUAAGAUGGGGGAGUUUUGCCCAAAAUAUGUAUAUGCAGGCACCAGCUGCAUCUCCAGUGAAAAUGUAGUGUAAGUCCACCCAGAAGUUAUCACCCCCAAAUCAACUUGUGAGUACAUCUGGGUCUUCUUGACCUAUACUUUAAAAAAAGACUGUUAAACAGUAUUUCAAAUAAUAAUUUGAUUUCAGUCUGCACUGAAGAGACAAACGUGAAGCACCUAAACUAAACUAAACUUUAAAAAAUGCACUUUGUCCACUUGUAUACAUAGUGGACUAAAUCCUGAUUUGGCACCUUAAUCUCUUAUUAUACCAUCAAAUGGCUCUGAGAGACCAAAUCUGUUUUGUAUGAAUACAAGCUGAACCAGUAUUUUGCCUUUUUUAUCCUCUGUGUGUUUUCAGGAGGAGAAAUCAAUGUAUCCACUUUUUUAAUCAUGUGUUGUUUCAUAGUUGGAUGUUUAUUGUAAAGCUCAAAACCCUAGUAGAACAAUCACCCACCGCUUUCUUACGCUAAAUUGCACAAGAGACCCAUUUUUAAGCUUUUGUCCUUUUUGAAAAUGCACACAUGUUAUAUUUGUUCUUAUGUUUUAUACUGUUGCUUUAACCAAUGGGAAAUUGUCUUCUAUCUCUUCUUUUUCUGCUCCCCCAUUCCCCCUGUCUGCCUCUUUAUCCUUCUCCUCCGGUCAACUUUUGUAAGAUGAAUGCCUAGACUCAAGACAUGUUUCUGUAAAUGUUAGCAGUGUCGUGUUGGUUCUGUCUCUGUCAAUUGUCUACAACACAGACAGACCGAGAGACAGACAGCCAGGGCUAAAGGGACAUCUUCAAAAGACGAAAAUUGUUAAAAACCGCUGCAAUGCCUGAAGAAACAGCACAGCAUUCUCUCAAAGUCUACCAAAUAACGCUCCUUUUUCUCACUGUUCCCACGCUUCACCGCAUUACAUUGACAGGACAGUAGACUGAAAACUGUCUCGGCCACAAUUCAUCACAAAAAGGGGAGAGACUGAUGAAGCUUUGCAGAUAAACCUAUGUGCCUACAUGGCUCGUAUGCUUGUUUGAACUGAAUUUCACCAACUCUCGACCGAAGAGGAUGUCAGAGAAUUUGUGAAUGCUUUCGGAAAUCACAUACUGUUGGGUGAUUCUGACGGAAAGACUGUUCAAACCAAGUUGUGAUGCAUGACCGAGCUCUGCUAAUGCUAAAAGAUGCCUAGAAACUCUGUUUAGAUGAUAAACUUCUUUUGUAAAUCCUUAAAUGGAUCCCUUGGUGUUCCAAAGUGUAUUGUAUUUUUUAACCAAGCACUUGUCACACUGCAUAUUGGCACCUUUAGCUGUCCAAAAAGGAUUUUAAACAAUGUUGUCUGCUAGCCAUAAGCUAGCUACAAUAGCUGGUUUAUAGCAACCAAAGGGGAGCUGAAACCUUAAACCUUUUGUUGUAAUGUGACAAGUACUUGGCCAUGAAAAAUAAAACUUUCAAAAUGUUACGGUAUACCUUUUGUCUAAUAAUGCAUGCAAUAACCAAGACGAACAACUGCUCAUUUUGUACAUAUAAUAUUUUGGGUUGGUGUACUUGGCACAGUGAAAGCCUGAUCUGGGACUCUUUGUAUAGAUUUUUUUUAUUAGUUACUGUUCAUUCUUGGACCUUUUUUCUCUUAAAAAAAUGGACAUAUUUUUUUCAUUUGCUCACCACAGCCACAACAAUUUCAGUUAUUGAACGGCAGCCAUUUUGUGCCCUGUUGGUGAUACUUUGUUCUUUGAGUGCUAAUUUGAACACGCUACAAACUAGCUUGUUUUAGUCCAGAGAUUAGGCUUCAUCCUGCCCCCGGGUAUCCAGCCCAGUCUUUUACAGCAUGCUCUGUCUUUACUAUAGUCAGUCUGUUUUGAAUGGUUUUAUAUGUUUCUUUCCAGACAUCAAUGGAUUGUUUGUUAAUGAGACAGAAUCAAACGAUAUGUACAAUAGAGUAGUGUUUUUGAAAUAGAAUCAGCUUUUUGGUACUUUGGUUUCAAAGAAUAUAGAAUCAGAACUCAAUAGAAAAGACAAGCACUCAGUUGAACAAGUUGCUAAAACUAAUGUCCUGGUGCAGACUGAUCUCAUGUAUUAGCGUAUGUGUGAGCGUAAGGGAGGUUAGUCAGUGUGGUGGAUGGGUAAAACAUAGGACUUUCACCCAGGGUGGAUGGGUAAAACAUAGGACUUUCACCCAGGAGAGCGGGGAUCGUGUCCCACGUGUCAUGUUUCCUUAACUCAACUGUUGCUUUCUUCCUGCGAUAACACAGCAAGUGGCGUGUAUGUUUACGCCCGCUGUUUACAGCGUAGACAUACACGCGGAUAGCUCAAAAUGCGUACAGAUGACACGCCACUUGGCUCAAGAAAGUCAGCGUGUAUGUUUACAUGAUGUCAUGUUGCCUGGUAGCACUGAAAUUAUUUUUUUUCAUGCUUGCUAAUCAUGUUUUCAAAUUUAAGAAUCUAGAGCCAUGCUGUCUUCAUGAAGCUACAUUCAAUGUAACAGAAAACUAAUUUCAAAUUAACACAGUUGCUUAAAAGGCCACUCCACGGAUUUUACACAUGAAGUUCCCUCGUCAUGAGAAGUAUUACUCAGCCUAUGCAAAACACAGUGGAAUAAUGUAUUCUGUGGCUCUGGACUGGGCUUUUAUAGUGAUGUCAUUAGGGUAAUCUCAGAUUUGAAAAACAAAUUGUAACAGUAAACCUGCACUAUAAUUGUAGAUGUAAAAUGUGAGUUUUUAGAAAGUAAGGAGAAUCAAAUAAAAGACACAACCUGUGGAAUUAUAGGAAAUGUAGGAUCCUGUGUUUUUAGAACUUGACCUGUUAUAGAGACAAACAAUCUAGACAAUUCAGCCUCUGCUGCAUACAUUUUGACAAUUUUCUUUUUUAUCUGUCUCUUGUGUGAGUCCACCAAAGGCAGUACUUAAGCUAGGGUACCCCUUUAUUGACGUCAUUUCCAUUAGACAACAGGUAGAAACAGAAGCAGCCUGGCUCUGCUGCAAUAUAACGGCCUAAUAAACCUGCUGUUUUAAAUAAUAAACCUUCUAUUUUAAAUAUGAAUCAUGUAUCUAAUUAGUUUUCCCAGGUCUCUGAGGUGGCGUGUCUACUCCGUGAGUUGUGAUUUUACAUCCAACAGUCAUCAUGUAUCCCAGUUAACCUUGUGCAGUAGAGCUAAUCACAUUGUGAUUGGAGUAUUUUACCUGAUGUCCUAUUGUGCACAUGUCAUAUCUGUAUCCUUCGCUAUACGCCUGCUGUAGUCUUUAUUUGUUUUCUGUAUUUAGACGAAUAGUAGGUUGAAUGUUCUUACAGCAAUCAGAGAUUAAAAUGCUUUCACUAUACAGCAGACAGCUUUUUAUGGCAAAAAAAACUAAACCUUGUUAGCGUUGUAAUAAACUGUAUGUAUAAAUGUUUUUUUUAAAACUCCAUUACAGUGGACAUUUCCUCUUUUGGUUUUUCUGCUCAAAUGUUUAUCUGUUGACAGUUAUUACCCCAAGCUAUUGCUUCUAAAGAGUUAGCUUUCCUUUUAACAGUUUUCUUUAUGUUCCUGCUUCAACACAACUCAUAUUUCCUGACCAGUUUUACCGAAUGAUGACAGUGAUCUCUCAGCUCCUGUGUUAAGUUACAGUUGGUUCCGUAGACACAGACACAGAUACUGUAGGAAGAAUACAAUGAUCUAACUGUAUACUGAACGGUUGUGAGCCCGGGGUUGCUGGUUCAAGUCCCCAUACGGACCAAAGUAUGGUGGUGGACUGGUUUCUGGAGAGGUGCCAGUUCACCUCCUGGACACUGCCAAGGUGCUCUUGAACAAGGCCCCAAACCCCCAGCUGCUCGGGGCGCCUGUCCAUUGACAGCUACAGCCCCCUCACUCUGACAUCAGUACAUUAGUGCAUGUACCUGUACUGAGCAUGUGUGUGUAUUCCAGGCCUCUGUGUAAUGUGGAUUCUAACAACAGAGUGAAAACAUUGUAAUUUCCCUUGCGAAAUUAAUAAAGUAUGAAUUAUUAUUAUUAUUAUGUUAAAGAUGACAAGUAUUUACUUGUUUUAUAAUGUCACUCCUGACUUUAAAGUGUAACUUGCCAAAAUGCCAACUUGGUCUUCAACUUGAGAAUCCACCUUGGACUGAUAUGCCUUACCCGAGACUCACCCAGAACACCUGAUUGGCGCCAAGAAGGGAUUCUGGGAAUAAAACUGACUUAAUGGAGUCUGUUUUUGGUUUUGUUUUUGCAGGUAAUGUAGGCAAAGAUGUUGUGGUUGUUGAUGAUGAUGACCUAAAACAAAACAGGAUUAAAUGGUGUUCUGUGUCCACAGAACUGACAUUUCCAUUCGUAAGUCAUUCCUACACUCUGCCUGUAUCUGAAAUGUGUUAAAAACAGUAUCUUUCAUAAACUUUGAUUAAACAUGAUAUAUACGUAUGUG